AAGGUGGGGUUUGAAGAUCGCAAUCCCAAAUCAAAGCCAUCUGAGUUUAGAAAAGAGGGACCAUGCGAUUAUAGGAAAUGGACGAGGUGAUGAUCAAAACUCCUCAGAAAGCAUAGAAAGCAACCCCGAUGAGUGAGCUCGCGCAGCUGCUCACUAUAUAAACAGCAACAUGUGGACGAGACGCGCUCAAGUUUCCUGAUCACACCGACUCUCAGAACAAAGCGCUGCGAACGCGAUGCGUGGAUUAUUACCGCGGUUAUUAUUAUGAGUGGCCAUGGCGUGGUGUGACCGUGGGAUUCAGAUGCUGCUGGCCACCGUCGGGGCUUUCGUGGCGUUCAGUUUGAUGAGCAUCGCCAUCGGGACCGACUACUGGCUUUAUUCUCGGGCAUAUAUCUGUAACGCCACCAACAUCAGCUCAGACGAGACGCAGCCCAAGAAGGUCCGAGGAGAUCUCACGCACUCAGGGCUCUGGAGGAUCUGCUGUAUAGAGGGUCUCAACAAAGGAAGUUGUUACCGAAUCAAUCAUUUCCCAGAUGACAAUGAUUAUGACACAGACAGCUCUGAAUAUCUCUUACGUAUCGUGCGCGCCUCGAGUGUGUUCCCCAUCCUCAGUACCAUUCUGCUGUUGCUGGGGGGGCUAUGUGUCGGGAUAGGACGCAUCUACAGCAAGAGGAACAGCAUAUUACUCAGUGCAGGGAUACUAUUUGUGGCAGCAGGAUUGAGCAACAUCAUCGGUAUAAUCGUGUACAUCUCCAGCAAUGCCGGUGACCCCAGUGACAAACGAGAUGAAGACAAGAAGAACCAGUAUAACUACGGUUGGUCGUUCUACUUCGGAGCGCUCUCUUUCAUUGUGGCCGAGGCGGUGGCUGUUCUGGCUGUCAGUAUCUACAUUGAGAAGAGCAACGAAGUACGAUUCAAAGCGCACCGUGAGUUCAUCAAGGCUACCUCAUCCUCUUCACCGUAUUCUCGCAUACCCAGCUUUCGCUAUCGUCGACGGCACUCGCGCUCCAGCUCUCGUUCAACACAAGCAUCUCGCGAAGCGUCACCUGUGGGCAUGAAGAGGAUGAGCUCGGUGCCUGUCGGAGAGAUCAACAUGUACACAUUGACAAGAGACCCCCUCAAGUCAGGGACAGACAGCUCCUACAGCCCAGACCAUGAUUCGGGAUUCCUCCAAGUGCACAACUGCUUUCCCAAAGACCUUAAUGAUGGUAUCAACAGGAGGACAACACCUGUAUGAGGGUACACACUGGAAAGGAAGAGAUACUGUUAAGGCCAUACUGAAUGGAGAGCCAUCAGGGCUCAGUGGCCUGUGGCAGAUGCCAGUGGAAGGGAUACACAUUGGUGAAGCAAGUCAACAAGUGAUGUCUCUCAUCGGUGAAGGAGAAGCAGGAAAGAAGUAAAAAAGGAAAGAUUUCAUCUUGACAUUCAACAAUCAUUGUAAACAUGCUAAUUUGUUUUCGCCUUGCUUGGUCCUCACAUAUAAACAGGACAUUUCGGAAAGACUUAUCUCCUAUCAAAGGGCAAGACAUGCAAAUGUAAAAUGGAUGGUCUUUGGCAGAUAUUAAGAACUUUGAGUAAGCCAGUCCAUUCCCUUAGUUGAUAAAUAUCUUUUUUUGUCAGUGCAGUGCCAUACUCUCAAUGUAUACCAAUGUGAUAAUGACUCUCACAGUAUGAGAUGGUGCUAACAUAGGCUCACAGCUGAAGCCUUCCCUCUAUUGUGUGUUCAGUAGAGACUCAAAUUGAAUACUGAACGCCCUUGUUCGUGUCAUAUGUUUGUAGCCACAGUUGUCUUUUCGGUCUGCCUAUCAUCUUGGCAGUAUCAACUGCUCAGACGUACUCUGGAGCCACUUUGCAACAGCGCAAAACUGUAUUCCUCUCUUUUUGUUGUUGUUGUUAACUAGAAAUAUCAGUUGUAUUACUAAAUAAUCACUGGAACAAUUUAGUUUAGGUGAUUUAUGACUACUAAUUGUGUAUAUACACCCUGCUGAAAAGACAGGCUUGGACUUUCAUGAUGUUCUGACUAGUUUGUUCUGGUCUGGUGCUUUCCUAUGUGGCGAACCUGCUUAGACAUGCUGUUCAUCAGCAAAAUUUGACCUAGGAAGUCUUGCUAGUUAAAGUUGGCAUGAUAUAGCAUUUGCAACCUAUUUUAUUUUUGUCAUAUGACAUAUUUCUGAAUGAAAGGCUGGAUUGGACUUUGCCCAUUGGAAAAUUAUUGGAUUCUGAAAAGUUUACUCACGUUCCAAAUCUUUUUUUUUUCUUUUUUUUUUUCAAUAAUGUCCAAGCAGCUAUUCUCCAUAUAAAGAAUUUGAAUGAGAAUUGGGGGUGCAGUUAACCAGAAUUUUCUCUUUAAUCAUCUCCAUGAUACCAGUUGCAAUCACCAGACUGGAAAGGAAGAUUAUCAGUGAAUAAUAACUUGGAUUACUAAUGGACUACUAUUAUGUUGCUUUUAUGUCAAGUGUACCCAAUGGCUCAUACACAAUAUUCCAAUUGACUGAACCAUUGAGUCACCUAAGAAGAAAAUCAGUCCAGUAAAUGAAUCAUUCCAAUUGUUUGUGUGAACUUGAUUGUAAAAAAUACACUGAAAUGAUCUCAAAAGAAUGAUUUGAUCACAAAUCAGAAGCUUGACAGUCCCCGUUGUCAUUCAAUUUGAUUAUAUGGAAAAGGGUGGCCAGGAUAUUUCUUUAAAUGAAUGAGUAUCAAUGUAAAGUUGAUGGAGCAUGAACAGAGCCAGAUCAGUGGGUGAAACUUACAUUACUUUGGUGACAUCAACCAAAAAGGAAAAUAGAGACAUUUUUCCAUGUGCACUGAUGAGUCAUGCGGAAUAAUGCACAAUAAGCCCAGAGAUGUUUAUUAAGCAAGUAAAUAGAGUUUUGAUUUUACAUUGUGUUUAGUUCAGAAGUCUGGUUUAGACUCCAGGAUUCCUCGCCCAGCACCAGCAUCCAAAACACAUCAUAUGCUCUAAUGGUCUUUUCAGCAGGGAAAUAUAGCAGUAUUCAACAGGGCUCAAGUUUUAUACUAUCACUUUGAAUUCUGACUGCCAUUGAUAGUAGAUCAACAAGUGUCAGUAGUUAACCAGCCAGUGUCAUCGCUUUGUGAAUCAGUCAAAGAGUGAUGUAAUUCCUCAGCCUUCAUCUUCAUUGAGGAGUUUCACCUCUGCUAAAGCCUGGACUUUGCCUGAAUGUGAGUGAUGGCUGUGCACUGUCUGAAUGGGGCACCUUUGGGGAUCGGACAUUGUUUGAGUCCGCUGAUAAAAGUAGUGCUGAGAAAUGUCAGACAUCCGGAAAUGAAAGACAGGUUUUGAGCCGGUCAGCCCUGAGAAGCAUUUCAGAGACCGCUGAUAAGUAUCUAGGGCAGAGCAGUAUGAAAGACAUCAGUGUGGCCAAUUCAGCCCUUUAGAAGACCAUUCAAAGUGUCUUAGCCUCACCAGAGCCUUGUGCCUGGAUUUCUCAUUGAGUCGACAAUAUAACCUCAUCUCUUCUUUGUUACUGCUGGUUUUCCUUUCCCAUCUCGCAUCCCCUCGACAGAUCCUUAGUCAAGAAUCUAUCACUUUUUCCCACUAAGGACUACAUUAUCCAUGUGAGCGGUCAAAUCCGCAUUGCUAAAAGUGUUUCCUCACAAAAGGAGAGGUUGCAGAUUGAUGUAAAUAUCUGGUGUUUCACUAAAUUGAAGCAUUCACAGCUACCUUUUCUUAGUAAAGCCAUUUUGACACAAGCUUUUGAGCCAUGGCUCUUUGUAGAACGGUGUGUGGUGGGUAGAUGUAAAUGUUUGCAUGUUUUUCUCUAACCCAUUGACUUUGUGUGCUUUAUCAGUAUUAUUAACAGGAUGACUCCAGGAUGCCUCACUGCCAAGCAUCGCUCACUAUAAAUACCUGUAAUGUUCUCUCUGUUCAUCAUGGAAGGCAUUUUGUCCUUCUGGUUUUCUUGAUUUGCUAAUGUUAUUCUCAGUAUUUCUCUGUAUCACAAUUCUCUGGACAAGUCAACAUAUCGUUGCUCACAUAAAUAAAUUUAAUCGAGGAA